GGCCGGGCCCGGCGCUGGGUCUGGCGCUCGGACUCGGCCUGGCCGUGGCCGCAGGGGCCGCGCUGGGGCUGAGGCACCGCGGGCCGCACCGGGACCCCCGCGGCGGUGGCGAGGCCUGCGCCGACCUGCGCGGGGCGGCGGCCGCGCUCGGAAACAACACGCACCAGUGUGUCUUCGAUGACCUCAGUGGCUCCGUGUCCCUGUCCUGGGUGGGCGACAGCACCGGGGUGAUCCUGGUGCUGACGACAUUCCAUGUGCCCCUGGUGAUCAUGAGCUUCGGGCAGUCCAAGCUCUACCGCAGCGAGGAUUACGGGAAAACCUUCCAGGACAUCACGGGGCUCAUCAACAACACCUUCAUCCGCACGGAAUUCGGGAUGGCCAUCGGGCCCGAGAACUCUGGGAAGGUGAUCCUGACGGGGGACGUGUCUGGGGGCGGGCGUGGGGGGCGGAUUUUCCGCUCCUGGGACUUUGCCCGGAAUUUCGUGCCCACGGAGCUGCCCUUCCACCCCCUGGCCCAGAUCUCCUACAGCCCCCAGCGGGCAGAGCGCCUGCUGGCACUGAGCACCGAGAACGGGCUCUGGAUCUCCACGGAUUUCGGGGAGCGCUGGCGGGAGAUCCACAAAUCCGUGUGCUUGGCCAAGUGGGGCGGGAACGACACCAUCUUCUUCACCACGUUCCUGAACAAUUCCUGCAAAGCUGAUCUGGGAUUCCUGGAGCUGAAGAAAACCCCCGACCUGGGACAAUCCUUCCGGACCAUCGGCUCCCGGAUCUACUCCUUCGGGAUGGGCGGCCGCUUCCUCUUCGCCUCCGUCAUGACGGAGCAGGGCACCAUGAGGCGCAUCCACGUGUCCCUGGACCAGGGGGAUUCCUGGAACAUGGCCCAGCUGCCCUCGGUGGGACACGAGCAGUUCUACUCCAUCCUGGCCGCCAACGACGACCUGGUGUUCAUGCACGUGGAUGAGCCCGGGGACACGGGAUUCGGGACCAUCUACACGUCGGACGAGCGCGGGAUCCUCUACUCCAAGUCCCUGGAGAGGCACCUGUACACCACCACGGGCGGGGAGACCGACUUCACCAACGUCACCUCCCUGCGCGGCACCUUCAUCACCAGCGUGCUGGCUGAGGACAAUUCCAUCCGCUCCGUGAUCACCUUCGACCGGGGGGGGCAGUGGGAGCCCCUGCGCAGACCCCACAACAGCCCCUGUGAUGGCACCGCCCCCAGCGGGGACCAGUGCAGCCUGCACAUCCACGCCUCGUACAGCAUCUCGCAGAAGCUCAACGUGCCCAUGGCGCCGCUGUCGGAGCCCAGCGCCGUGGGCAUCGUCCUCGCCCACGGGAGCGUCGGGGGGGCCAUGUCCGUGAUGAGCCCCGACGUGUUCGUGUCCGACGACGGCGGCUACAGCUGGGCCCGGACCCUGCGGGGCCCCCACCACUACGGCAUCCUCGACUCGGGGGGGCUGCUCGUGGCCAUCCAGCACACCAACCAGCCCCUCAACACCCUCCUGUUCUCCCCAGACGAGGGGCAGUGCUGGUACAGCCACACCUUCUCCCCCGAGCCGCUCUUCUUCACGGGCCUGGCCUCGGAGCCAGGGGCUCGCUCCAGCACCGUCAGCGUGUGGGGAUUCCGGGGGGCCUUCCCCGCCCGGCACUGGGUGUCCUACACCGUGGACUUUGGGGAGCUGCUCAGCAGGACCUGCGAGGACAAGGACUACACCAUCUGGCUGGCUCACUCCAGUGACCCCAGUGCUCCCAGUGACGGCUGCGUGCUGGGGUACAAGGAGCAGUUCCGGCGCCUGCGCAAGGCCUCGCUCUGCCGCAACGGGCGCGGCUUCAGCGCCAGCCCCCAGCGCUCCGUGUGCCCCUGCACCCUGCAGGACUUCCUGUGUGAUUUCGGGUACUACCGCCCGGAGAACCAAUCCGAGUGUGUGGAGCAGCCGGAGCUGAAGGGCCACGACCUGGAAUUCUGCCUGUACGGCCGCCGGGAGCUGCUCCGCACCAGCGGGUACCGGAAAAUCCCGGGGGACAAAUGUUCCGGAGGGGAGAGCCCGAGCCGGGAGGAGACGGACAUGAAGAAGAAAUGCACCAGUGACCUGCUCAGCCCCGGGCAGCUGCUCCGUGCUUUCCCGGUUUUCCAGCAGGGAUCCUCAGGCAGCUCCGUGCCCGUGGCCCUGGCCGUGGUGGCCGCGCUCGUGGUGGUGGCCGUGACCGGGGCCGUGCUGGUCAAGAGAUACGUCUGUGGGGGCAGGUUCCUGGUCCAUCGCUAUUCCGUGCUCCGCCAACACGCCGAGGCCUCCGGAGCCGACGGCAUCGAGGGGCUGGAGCCCCCCCCUGCCCCCACCAAGGGGGGCUUCCACGACGACUCCGACGAGGAUCUCCUGGAGUAGCCGAGAGUUCCCACGCUGGACACCCUCCCCCGGCGAGAGGACCCCCCCAGGCAGGGAGGGACCCCCCCAGAAACAGGCG